AUGUCCUCCGCCCAAGGCAAUGCCGCGAACCCUACGCCGGAGCGCGUGGUGGAUUCCAGCAAAGUAUGGACGACGCUUAUCACAAACACAAUCUACCUCUCGGGCCUCCUCACGCUCGAUGCAUCGCUCAAGUUCGCGGGCUCAAAGUACCCACUCGUCGCCCUAUAUACCGAUACUUUCCCUCCCGAGGGCCAUGCCGCGCUGGACGCAAGAAAUAUACCGAAAAAGCGCGUGAGCUAUCUACUCCCAAGCGUAGAGAAGGAUUACAGCAACGACCCGCGGUUCUAUGACUGCUGGUCGAAGCUGACGCCUUUCAGCUUGGUAGAGUAUGACCGGGUGGUUCAGCUGGACAGUGACAUGCUGGUCAGGCAGAACAUGGACGAGUUAAUGGACCUCCCACUAGACGGCGCCGAAGAAGCUGGCAAAGGACAGAGGGUGUUCGCCGCCAGCCAUGCUUGUGUCUGUAAUCCCCUGAGGAAGACGCACUAUCCCAAGGACUGGGUUCCAGACAACUGUGCCUUCACCUCGCAGCACUCCACCCCGGAGGAAGCUCAGGAGACCGGCGCGGGUCCAUUGGCAGGUCUCGGACAGCCCAACGGCGGACUUGUGGUUGUAGUUCCAAGCUCGCAGGUAUACGACAUCAUUUUGAAGAAGCUGCRAGACCCUACUCUUGAUUACGACUUUGCGGAUCAGCAGUUGCUUGGCGAUCUCUUCAGAGGGCGGUGGGUGGGCCUUCCAUACAUCUACAAUGCGUUGAAAACGCUUCGAUGGAAGGGUGUCCACGAUGCCAUCUGGAAGGAUGACAAGGUGAAGAAUGUCCACUACAUCUUGUCACCGAAGCCAUGGGAUGAGGGCAAGGCGGACAAAGCGGCGAAAGGCCGUGAUGGUAGCCAUUCGUGGUGGUGGGAGGUCACCGAGAGACGGCGGGCCGAGGAGAAAGCGAAAGGCAUAGACGAUGGCUUUUAA